CUGUGUCUAUCUAUUCGAAUCGAAUCCUGAUACCCUCGAACCACUCGCAAUCACGAAAAGAAAAUAAAUAAAAAAUAGACACCUCUCACACACAAUGAGACUCGCACACAUCCACUUCCCGAACAUCACGCCCUUUUCGCGCGUUUCGCAUCUCCAACAAACCCUCGCUGCGCGAUUAUUAGCUUAUAAAAAAGCAUCUUCUCCCCCUGCCACUUCGACAGCAACAAGUCAAGAUUCCACAACUACACCUACACCUCCCGACCCAACCAUAAUCACAUUCAGUCCCAAUCCCGUCUACACGACCGGACGCCGCGACCUUCCUCCAUCCAACACAUAUCCCGAAAAAGAAGACGGUCCACUAUCCCUCCCUCCGCCCCUGGAACCAAUUCGAUCCCUCCUCACGUCCGCCAAAGAUGGUUCGGCGCCCAUAGCUGAAUAUCAUCCUACGCUUCGCGGGGGACAGACGACGUAUCAUGGUCCCGGGCAGUUGGUCGGAUAUACGGUCCUCGAUCUACGACGGAUGGGACUCACGCCAAGGUGUCAUAUUCGGUUGUUGGAAAAUAGCGUCAUUGAUGUGUUGGAUGGGUUUGGAGUGAAGGGUUUCACGACGGAGGAUCCGGGGGUGUGGGUUUCUGAUGGGGGGAAUGCCCUGCCGAAGAAGAUUACUGCGGUCGGAGUGCAUCUGCGGAGGAAUAUAAGCAGUUAUGGAAUCGGGUUGAAUGUGACGGAGGAGCCGAUGUGGUUCUUUAAACAGAUCGUUGCGUGUGGAUUGGAAGGGAGGGAGGCGACCAGUUUGGAAGGAUUGGGUGUUCGGGACGUGACGAUGGAGGAUGUCGCGAGGCGGUUUGUUGCUGCGUUUGUGAAUAGGCAUAAUAAAGAUUAUUGUGGGACGGGGAGUCAUGGGGAGAAGAUUGAGGAGGUCUAUACGGUUCGGGAGGAUGAGUUGUUAGAUUAGAUUAGGGGGGGUAGUUGUGGGAUGUCUGGAUCUAUCUCAGGAAAAGCUACGGGGAUUAUAUCUAUUAGCUGGGGAAAUAAUAGCUACAGCUGCUCCUUUCCUAAAAGGAAUGCCAUCCAUGAAUUAUAGGAUACAACACUGCUGCUCCACAUGGAGCUUUCCAAUUAAUGGAA